AUGCUGACUGACUGCGAAAAGCAAAUUUCGUCACCAAAGUCACGUGCGGAUGCUCAUUGCACAUCAAUGCAGACCCAGACUUGCUUCUUGCGAACAACAACAUACACUACUCAUAUUCCAGAUUCAGCUAUGGCGAGAGGCGACCAUUCCCUUUCUCAGCUCCAGGAGCCGGGUGAGCGUGGUACCUCAAUCACCGAUCCAGACAUUAUUAGGGACCUUCAGAAAUGGUCAACCUGGCCACCGGCUUCUAAAUAA